CGUUUAUUCCAAGUCCUCACACGCCGUCCUCACGAUGUAUUUGACAACAAAUGACACGGCUACCAACAUCACCUACUUGAACACCAGUUUUUCUUUAAACGCCUACCAGACCCGCAUGGUUACCAUUGAUCAGCACACGGUGGUGGUUAUAAGCUCUACAAAUAAAAUAUCCGUGUUGAUCAAUCAAGGCGGAGUAAGUUCCAAACUCAUACCAGUCGACGUCUUAGGACCGGCCUACCGGACGUUAGACGUUGGCGAUUGUAAGGUUCUGAGCUAUCAUACUGUUGCGUACAUAAGAGGUCCAAAUCUUCAAUCGAAUGUCGUCGCUUUCGGUGAAGAACACGCUUUCAACGGCUCUGCUACGUCACACAUAGAAUCCGACGUUCCCGUAGCCGUAUAUUGCGCGGACGGCAACGCAACCUUGAUGACUCAGCUUCAACCGCCGGAAACGCUUGGAAAGCAAUUUUACAUCCCACCGUUAAGAUUCCAGAUGCAAACAUUCAACAUUUCUGCUCAGGUGUGGAUCCGAGCUAUCGAGGACAGCACUGCCCUCUACGUGUACGGCCAAUACGACACACUCGUCUUCCUCGACAGUUCGGGUGACUCGUUUAAUCAAUCCCUGGCGAGUAACCAGACCUAUAACAUUUCGAGCUUCAAGCCAGUUCUCGUUGAGCUUCGAGUGACGUUUGAGGACACAGGCAAGCGACAGUCGCUCAUUAUACCCCCUGUGGAACAAUACGUUGAUAUAGAUGUGAUCCCCGGAUUUGGACCAAAUGCCGAUGUUUUAUUCAGCUCGACUGUGUAUGCCAAUGGAACAUGGAAAACCGAUGCUGUUACAACAGCCAGUGGGGUGUCUAACAUUUCUGGAGGCUUCUCUAUCAUAUUAGUUCUGGUCAGCGGUGAAAAACGGAUUUUAUUCUGCAGUGACGUUAGCUUCCUUAACAUUAAUAGGAUGUGCGCCCUGACCAACAGUGCUGUGGGUGAUCAAAGAGACAACGACUGUGAUGGACUGGUGGACGAGGAGGAAUGCUCGGCUCAUAUAGACGGCUUUUUCGACUUAGAUCUGGAUGGCAGUCUCAACGAAGACUGCUUUAAUGGGACAGUGACUGAUCGCAGCUUGGACCUGUACAUCCCUGGCGACCUCUUGUUCUGCGACAACGCGACGGCUGAUCAUACAGACGAUAUCAGCAUCACAACUUCGCCAGAAAUGGUCACUACCGAUCCCAAUCCGCUGCCUGCCCUGCCUCUCGACCCAAACAUGGUUAUCGACACACAUCCGGGUCUCGAACCUCUUCUUCCAGACCCGGUUUCGGGGGCGACAAUCAUAACUGCGUCGACGCCUACGACGAAUGUCUCUGAGCCCGUGGAGACCUGCUACACGGAGUGUAUAUGCCCCUGUGGGUGGGUGACAGAGCCCAAGAACUACACGGCGGAGGAGCUGGAGCAGAUAGUGGCCGCCAUACAGGAAAAACUCAUGGUCAACAAGGAGGAACUGAGCUCAUCGAUACGGAAACUGACGAGUGCUCCCGACUAUAGGGUGGAAGCUACGGUGGUCGGCUCGGGAGCCAUUGUGUUCCUCGCGGGAGUUCUAGUCUGCAUCUUUCUGCUCGACGUCACCACGAUUGUCGCGCACUUACGUCAGUUGCGGGACACGAUACUAGGACGCUAGAACGUCUGAGAAAAGCGAAGAGGACUCGUUAUUUCCUAAAGAAACAAUGUGUAGUGUCAAUGUAUAGUGAUAUUUGCCUCUAUGUCAUUAUCAUAAUGUCAAAAUAAGCAAUAGCUAUAUCUAUAUCAAAAGUCUAUAUGAAAUGAGUAUUCGUUUUGUGACAGAUAUUAUGGCAGAAAGAAACUGUUUUAUUUCCAAAGAAUAUUUGGAUACACAGGUUUGAACAAACAUGAAUUUCUCAAUGUACCAAAGAGUUAUAAACAUAAUACAGAAAUAUAUUGACGCAUUUGAACACCUGCCAACUUUUAACAAAAAUCUCAAGGACCCAUAUUAUUUACUUACAUUAAAACAAGACGGCCUGAAAUGCCCAAAGUCGCUUACCUGAGAUACCAAGGAAGUGACCUGUUCUGUGCAGCCCGAGAUAUUAUCUGAACAAGUGUUCUGACCAAAUUUCACGAAGAGUGAACUAUACAUGUGACUUAAAGUGUGGUAACAAGGUUAUACUAAAGCCACAUAAGUACAUACAUGUAUGCCCUGCCCGCUGGAAGCCAUGCUUUUCAAUAGACCGGAACUAAUUUCGAACUUAUCGAAGAUAUCAAUAAACAAAAGUUCUGACCAAGCUUCAUGAAGAUUGGAGAAUGAAUGUGUCUUCUAGAGCAAGAUAUCAUUUAGACAAAUAUUCUGUCCAAAUUUUAUGAAGAUCGGACAAUAACUGUGGCCUCUAGAGUGUUAACAAGGUUUUACUUUAGCCAUAUAAAUCAAGAUAAGAAACAAGAGAUGUGUUUGUCAGAAACGCAAUGGCCCCUAUUGCGCCGCUUUGAAAUAAAAUUUCAAUAUAACAUUUGGCAGGUUUAUAAAUUAUCUCCCUUCUAAAGCUUAUUACUUCCCUUGGAUUGUAUUUUUUGACUUUUGACCUUGAAGGAUGAACUUGACCUUUCACUUCUCAAAAUGUGCAGCUUCAUGAGAUACAUAUCCAUGUCAAACAUCAAGUUGCUAUCUUCAAUAUUGCAAAAGUUAUGGGCAAUGUUAAAGUUUUCGGACGGACGGACGGACAGACUGACGGACAGUUCAACUGCUAUAUGCAACCCUACCGGGGCAUAAACAAUGUACCAACACCUUGGGGCGAUGUUUUUCAAACAACCAGAACCAUUUUUUGAAAUCAUUCAAGAUUUAAUUGAGACAAAUCUUCUGAUCAGGUUUCAUGAAGAUCGGACAACGAAUGUGACCUCUAGAGAAUCAAAAAGGUUUUACUAUAGCCAUACAAGGAAAAAUGAACCGUCUCCUGCCGACCAUGUUUUCAGAAAACCAAAACCUUUUUCCUGAAGUACAUGAAAUACUUUUGAUAUGAAAGUUUACUACAAUAUAAAAAGCUUUGUAUUUAUGAAUGUUAAUUUCUACGUGUGUAUGUAAUAUUCUGCGGAGAAAAUAAAUUGUGCACGAGAAAAAACAAUAACAAAAACACAUAAAUUAAAAUCAUAUUUAAUUUAAAUGCUUAUACGAAAUGUUCUUAUAAAGCAUAGUGUGCAAAUAAUCAAAUGAGCUGCAGGUUUUGUGUUAUAUUGGUUUGAUAAUUUAGAAAAAUGUGCAUUAGUAAGUAGGUUUUUAUUCACGUGUACUUUCUGUUUUUUUUAAAAAGAUUUUCUAACCUUCUUGUUGUGAUGCCUUGUGUGUGUAGAUUAAAUGUAUUGUUUAUAA